CCAACUCACUCGUCUCAAUCCCAAUUCCUAACCCAAGGGUGUCACAAGUGGCAGAGAUUAAUGUCGUUUAGCUGGUUAAGCGUCGUUUAAAAGGAAACCAGGUUCCAGUGCCAACCAGAUGUAGACACGAUAGCUUUCAAGAUGUCGUUUAAAGUUAAACAAAACAAAUCACGAAAAACACCCCUCUCUCACUCGGUCCCUCACACUUAGAAAUGAACUCAAAACAGAAAAUUUGAUAAACAGAACGAAAGAAGAAAAAAACCGCUUCCUAUCAGCAUUGAAACUUCGAUACGCAGUUCAACUCUCUCUCUCUCUCUCUCUCUCUCUCUCUCUCUCUCCAUGUCGCUCGCAUCAUUCUCCAUCAUCCGCCACCACCGCUUGGUGGCUACCGCCACCCCUCAACUUCUCCGGCGCUUCUGUUUCUUCCCGAUUUCCGCCAGACGACAAAACCCUAAGCACGAAGCCCCAAACAAGAAUCUCCUGAAAGCAAAACACACAUUGAAGAAUUUCUCAUCUCUCGCUCCCAUCCUCUCCCGCGAAGACAACCCUCCUCUUUCGGAAUCCCAAGCCAUCGGCGUCGUCGCUUCUUCCCAAGCCAAUUUCAUGCGCGUAGUCGUCCAAUCAGUCCCCGAAGAAUCUUCUGGAAACUUCCACGGUGCUUCCGGAGGAGUGGAACUGCUGUGCGUUGUGAGGGCGCUGCUGAAGAAGAUAAAGCGUAGGGUUAUGGUUGGAGAUAAGGUUAUAGUAGGUUCUGUUGAUUGGGUGGAUCGUAGGGGCAUGAUUGAAAACGUGUUUCAGCGAAAUUCUGAAAUGCUUGACCCUCCCGUGGCUAACGUGGACCAUUUACUGGUUCUCUUCUCGCUUGAUCAACCAAAGCUUGAGACAUUUACGCUUACUCGGUUUUUGGUUGAAGCCGAGUCCACUGGGAUUCCUCUCACUCUAGCUCUUAACAAGACUGAGCUUGUGGAUAAAGAGACCUUGGAUUCCUGGAAGGCUAGGUUUCAUGACUGGGGCUACCAGCCAGUUUUUUGCAGUGUUAAAUCCGGACAAAACCUUGAUCUUCUUGCAUUCCAAUUGAGAGAUCAAACAACAGUGGUUGUGGGUCCUAGUGGAGUUGGGAAGUCUAGUUUAAUCAACGCUCUUAGAAGCAACCAUCGUACUUGUGAUACUGCAGAUGGGGAGAAUUGGUUUGAACCUAUUUUAGGUAGCAAGUGGUUAGAGGACCAGCGAGUUGCGGAGGUUUCGACAAGAAGUGGCAGGGGGAAGCAUACUACUCGUCACGUGUCUCUGCUUCCAUUAACUGGAGGGGGUUAUCUUGCUGAUACUCCCGGGUUUAACCAGCCUAGUUUAUUGAAAGUGACAAAGCAAUCUCUUGCUCAAACUUUUCCCGAAAUCAGGAAAAUGCUUGGUGGAAAUGAGCCUGCAAAAUGUUCGUUUAACAAUUGCUUGCAUCUUGGUGAACCUGGCUGUGUUGUGAAGGGGGAUUGGGAAAGAUAUUCAUUCUAUUUUCAACUUCUUGAUGAGAUUAGAAUCAGAGAGGAGUUCCAGCUGAGGACAUUUGGAACAAAAAGAGAAAGUGAUGUAAGGUUAAAAAUAGGAGAUAAGGGUUCUCAGCAAGCAGAGCCUCGCUUGGAACUUAAGAAGCAUAGACGACAAUCUCGUAAGAAGACUAACCAAUCAAUUUUAGAUGAUCUGGAUGAUGAUGACGACGACAAUUUGCUUGACGAAGAGAACUAUCCCAUUGUAAAUGCUUUUAGGAAUGAAAAUCCUUAAAUUUUCAUUAAUCCCCAAAAUAAUGAAUGUAAAUAUCGGCUUGUAUCUUUGGGUCACAACUGAGUUCGCUCUCCUUUUCUCUUUUAGUUCAGUUCAGAGACUUCUGUCACGUUGAUUCAAUCUUGUAUAGAGUCUGUGCAAAUGACAUUAACAAACACACUGUUCUGGAUUAUGACGAUCCUUGCUGAUUGCAUAUAAAUAAAUUUCAAGCAACAACAAAAAAAAAUUCUUGUCAUA